AUGAAUGAAGUUAUCGUGAGAACGCGACAAAACAAUCUUUAUGCUGAAGCAACAGAUAAGUUUUCUGGUAAUGAGGAGGAAAUAGAUGUUGUCAAUGUCAACGAUAAGUUUCCAUUCACAAACAAGUCGGUGUUUUCUUUCCCCAAUAAUCCAUCGACGAAAGAUCGCCAACAGAUCCAGAUGCGUAUGGCAACUGCUAUAUCCAAGAAGCGAAUAUCAGCCCAAGCUCAAGGCAUCAAGACUAUCAUGCCCGUUAGGAAAACAGCCACACCGGAGGCGUCACCUAUCAAAAGAAAACCCGUGGAAACCACAAGGAGUGGGAAAAAGACUCGGCAAUACAGGACACCGGUUAACACUCCAUACAAACGCAGACAAUAUGGAAACAGUAGCGAUAGCGAACCUGAACCAUCCGAGAAAAGAAGUUUACACAACAACAUGGAGAGGCAGCGAAGAAUCGACCUGCGCAACGCUUUUGAAGAUCUGCGAGUAUUGGUUCCCGAAGUUAGCAAGAAAGAGAGAGCCGCCAAAGUGGUGAUCCUCAGAGAGGCAGCUCAGUAUUGCGAUUUCCUCACCAACACGUCCACGAAAUAUUCGAAACACUUCGAUGAAUUAAAAAAGAAGCAGGAAUUCCUGAGGCGGAGAGUGUCUCAACUGAGAAGGAAUUUAGCAGCAAAUCGUUAA